GAGGACAGACUGAACCCCUUAAUUGGAGCAGGGAUGUGAUUCACCUGAAAAGUCCCUCCCUUCCCCGAGAUUCUGGGCCCUCCCACCCCCGAGUGUCCCUGGGAGGGGACCGGAGGGAGAAGCUAGGACUUGCUGGUACCAGUCACCGCUGGGACGUUCUCCGGUGCCGCGGCGGGUGGCACAGGCUGGCAACCCGGGGCUGGGAGGGGGAGGGGGCAAUUGCUGGCGACCGCCAGCACUCCUCCUCGAGUGCCGGCCCCCAGGCCUGCCACCUCCAGCCCCGCCCAUGUGGCAGCUGUGCAGUGUUCCCAGGCGCACAGCCCUGGGCGCAUGACCCGGGCGCAGAGACUUUCGCACAGUGCUCCGGCGGACAGCCAGCAGCACAGCAGCGUCCUCUCAGCUUCUGGUAGCGGGCGGCCCAUGGAGCCCGGGCUGCUGCGGCCCGCGCCGGUGAGCGAGGUCAUCGCCCUUCAUUACAACUACACUGGCAAGCUCCGCGGGGCGCGCUACCAGCCCGGCGCGGGUCUGCGCGCAGAUGCCGCCGUGUGCCUGGCUGUGUGCGCCUUCAUCGUGCUGGAGAAUCUGGCGGUGCUCGUGGUGCUGGGCCGUCACCCCCGUUUCCACGCGCCCAUGUUCCUGCUCCUGGGCAGCCUCACCCUGUCGGACCUGUUGGCGGGGGCGGCCUACGCCACCAACAUCCUGCUGUCGGGACCGCUCACGCUGCGCCUGUCGCCCGCGCUCUGGUUCGCGCGCGAGGGGGGCGUUUUCGUGGCACUCACCGCAUCGGUGCUGAGCCUCCUGGCCAUUGCGCUGGAGCGCCACCUCACUAUGGCCCGUCGAGGACCCGCGCCCGCCGCCAGUCGCGCUCGCACGCUGGCGAUGGCUGUGGCCGCCUGGGGAGCGUCGCUGCUGCUCGGGCUGCUGCCUGCGCUGGGCUGGAACUGCCUGGGACGCCUGGAAACCUGCUCCACCGUGCUGCCUCUGUAUGCCAAGGCCUACGUGCUCUUCUGCGUGCUGGCGUUCUUGGGCAUCCUGGCUGCCAUCUGUGCGCUCUAUGCAAGGAUUUACUGCCAGGUGCGAGCCAACGCGCGUCGACUGCGGGCGCGGCCCGGGUCCCGCAGGGCCACCUCGUCCUCGCGAUCGCGGCACACGCCACGAUCGCUGGCCCUGCUCCGCACGCUCAGUGUGGUGCUCCUGGCCUUCGUGGUUUGCUGGGGGCCUCUGUUUCUUUUGCUAUUGCUGGAUGUGGCGUGCCCAGCCCGCGCGUGUCCCGUGCUCCUGCAGGCCGACCCCUUCCUGGGUUUAGCCAUGGCUAAUUCGCUGCUGAAUCCCAUCAUCUACACGUUCACCAACCGAGACCUGCGCCACGCGCUCCUGCGGCUGCUCUGCUGUGGCCGAGGGCCCUGUAGCCAGGGCUCCUCCAACAGCUUGCAGCGAUCCCCCAGUGCUGCUGGGCCUUCGGGUGGUGGCCUACGACGCUGCCUGCCACCAAGCCUGGAUCGCAGCUCCAGCCCAUCAGAACUUUCAUCUCCCCAUCAGGACAGGGUGGACACUAGCCGCUCCACCGGCAGUCCCGGAGCAGCGACCGCCAACCGGACACUGGUGCCUGCUGCUACAGCCUGAUGCUCCCCAGCCCACAGUGGCCCUUCGUAAGAGCAGACUGAUUCUCCAAAUAAGAGCAUCGUCUGUAGGACACAGCCAAAGACGGCAGGGACAGGAAAGAAGGAAGGGAAACGGACUGGUUGUCCCAUAACAGGGACAGACAAAGAUGCACGCCUCUCGUACGUUUGACAUGGACAAUAAUAAUAAUGAGAGAGGAAUGGGAAGGUGUACCGUUAGCGAUGUCACCUGAGCAGGCUCCUGAAGCGGAGCCGUUCAGUGUGACUGGAGCAGAAGUUGAGGGGCAGAUUGGGGGAAGUCUUGUUGACUCUGAGGAAGGCCUGUGAAGUGGAAGCCACAGAGAGGUCUAAACAAAGUCGGGAAUUGCCCGGAUUCAGACCUCCACAGGGACCCUGAGUUCAAGGGGCAUGACAGGAAGAUGAAGGAUUUUGUAAAAGGGGGGCUCCCCACGUGUUUAGAAGCGGGUGAAGUCUAGAUGGGGUGUGCUAACAGCUGGCAGAUUGCUACAGAGUGAGGUAGAGAACCAAGGCAAGGUAGCUAGCUCCAAAACUGCCAAGUUUCCACAGUGUGGAGUCAGUUCUUCAUGCAAACAUAGCUACAACACAACAAUUCGAGCUGCUGGCCUCACUGUGAUCUUUCAGAAUAAAUGCAUUCAUCUAUUUA